AAAUUCACCAUUCAUUAUUUCUCUUCUAUUUCCUAGAACAUUUAUGUUACACUAAUAAGGUCUUCUAUUUCAAAGCUCCAAGGAAGAAUACACUGCCUACAAAUUCCAAUUCCCUUGCAAUGGCUUCGAAAACACUUGCAUAUGUGCUUUCAACCGUCCUUGUCCUUCUCCAUCUCCACAUCUUUGUAGGGCAGACGACUGUCGUGAAAGAUGACAAAAAUUUCACUCUUACUCGGAAUGCUUCUGGAGCAUGGGAUCAUAAUGUUGUAUCGGCACUGGCCGGCACCGGGGGCCCUGGAACAGGGGGCAACGGCCCGGGCGGCAACGGCACAGGGGGCAUCGGCACGGGCGGCGCUGGCACGGGGAACGGCACGGGUGGCGCAGGCACGGGCGGCGCAGGCACAGGCGGAGCAGGCACUGGUGGCGCCGGCACCGGGGGCGCUGGCACAGGCAACGGCAACACUAAUGGCACUGGGGGCACUAGCACGGGGGGCUUCGGCCCGGGAGGCAACGGCAUAGGGGGCACCGGCACAGGCGGCAAUGGCACUGAGGGUGGCACAGGUGGCGCAGGCACGGGCGGCGCAGGCACAGGCGGCGCAGGCACGGGCGGCGCCGGCACUGGCGGCGCUGGCACCGGCACCAGCGCAACUCCGGCUCCAACACUGGCACCAGCAUAGGCAUUGCGUGCUCUUCAUAGUUCGUUAAGCUUCCAUUAUCAAUAAAAAGGCAAAUAAUAAGAUAAGGUGCAUUUAGAAGCUUGUACUAUGCACAAUAAGGCCAAUUAUCUUGUGUUUAAGGCCAAUAAUCAGAUGCGCGUGUAUUUGUAACUUAGAAGUUUGUUUUAUGAAUAAUAAGGCCUGUAAUCAGA